AUGUCUCGGGAAGCUGAUCGCCUCAAGUACUCUAACAAAGAGUUGAAUAAAAAAGUGCAGGAGAUGGAGGUCCAACUAGAGGUCCUCAAAGUUGAUCGCGCCUCAGCAUCCACCUCUGCUGGGGAGUCAGCAGUAGUAGUCGGAGCGAAGCGGAGGCUACUAGAUGACUCUGGUGGUACACCGAUGACGCAGUCCUCUACGAAGAAAGCUAAAGACGAAUGA